AUGCACGCGUACCGCAUAUUUUUGGCUUGCGCAAUUUUCGCUAGCCAUUUGGUAAAUGGAUCCGUCAUCCCCAAUUCGGCGUCUACAGGACAUCCAGUUCUUUCGCAGUAUCAAAUGGACCAACUGGGAGGGAUCUGCUUUAAGGCCUUGAACAUGAUGCUGGAUCAGUCGGCUGGCGACCAGCAACCUUUGAAUGCAACGGUCAAAGAAGAAACCCAAGGGGAAGUUGAACAGGAGACCCAUAAGACUACGGAGAAAGACAUUCCGCCCAAUUUCAAGCGCAUCGGUACGAAGUUCUAUUACAUCGAAAAUAAGAAGCAAUUAAAUUGGUUCGCAGCCGCAAAUGCCUGCGUCCAAAUGGGCGGCACCCUUGCGAGCAUAAUUAGCAAAGAGGAACUGACCGCUAUCAGUGCUGAGGUUGACAGCAAUUUUUUGUACUGGACGGGCAUCAACGAUCUGGCCGACGAGGGCGUAUACAAAUCUUUAGCUUCUGGCACUGCAGCUCCAUUCUUGGAGUGGUAUUCAGGAUAUCCUACGACUACGAAAACGGACAAAUCCGUUUGUUUGUGCCAAGGUAAAAUGUUCAAUGUUAGCCCUUCAGGUGGACGAUAUUUCAUUUGCCAAGCAGGCAAGGACAAUAAAUAA